GCACUGCACCGAGGAUAAUAGCACGUAAAACUCAAUAAAACAGAAUUUAUUUUAAGGGAAACCGGUUAAAAGUGAUUCUCUGCGGUUUAAACUGUCGACAAAUUUUAACCGGAACAAACCGGAAUCGUAGUUUUCUUCAAAAAACGUCCUCGAAACUGGGACUUCGGUGGAAAUGAACGAGGGCAACGGGAGAACACGUCGAAUUGUGCGUUUAUUUCGCUGCUAAAUCCAAGCUUCUCUCUGGUCAGUACUCCGCGACCCGUGUUUAUACCCUUAGACCCCAUAUUAGUCCCGUUUGUGAAAAAUCUCACUUCAAAUUUAAAACAUUUUGCGCGUUUCUGUGAACCGGGCUGGCGCAUGCGCGUCGACAACGCGGAUAUAAAGGAUUGGCGCCGGCGCCACAGCUGAUGAUCCUUCAUUCAUUCACUCGUCUUGCACCGAGAAGCACAGGAAUAAACGCAAGUCAUCAUCAUGUCUAGACGCAGCAGUCGCAUCACACUUCAGGUCAGAGAUUCAAACAAACCUGAGCCGACUGGUCGUGUCCCACUGAAGAAACGGAAAUCAGAGGUUUCAAAGAAGAGAGUGCAGCCUGCUGCCAAAAAACAGAGCUACGAAAUACAGACGUGUUGGUCAGAUGACGGGGCCAGUCCGUGUGUCCUCAUCGAAACGCCUCACAAAGAGCUGGAGCCUUCAGACCCGUCCACCUUCAAACAGUACACCUUCAAGAACUUCUUCAUCAAACCCUCUCCCAUCCCCCGCCUCAGUUGGGCCAGUGCAGAUGACGUGUGGAUCAACAUGCUCAACAAAGAGUUAAAGUACGUCCAUGAUAAGAGUUACCUGCAGAGUCACCCAAAACUGCAGCCCAGUAUGAGAGCCAUCCUGUUGGACUGGCUGCUGGAGGUCAGCGAGGUCUACAGUCUCCACAGACAGACGGCAUACUUGGCCCAGGACUACUUUGACCGCUUCAUGCUGACUCAGCAGGAUGUCAACAAAGAUUAUCUGCAGCUCAUCGGCAUCACCGCACUCUUCAUUGCCUCAAAGAUUGAGGAAAUCUACCCUCCAAAAAUCUUCGAGUUUGCCUACGUCACAGACGGAGCCUGCGACAUGUGGGACAUUCAGCGCACGGAGCUGCACAUACUGAAGGCAUUGGACUGGAACCUCUGUCCUGAGACGCCCAUCUCCUGGCUGAAGCUGUACGCUCAAGUGGAAGCUGAGCAGGAAAACAGUGGUGAAGAGAACUUCCUGGUUCCACAGUUUUCUCAGGAGAAGUACAUCCAGAUCGCACAGCUCUUGGACCUGUGUAUGAUGGACGUCAACUACUUGGACUUCAGCUACAGCGUCCUGGCUGCUUCAGCCUUCUGUCACUUCCACACAUUCGACGUCGUUCAUAAGGUCUCAGGUCUGACAUGGGACAGCGUGGCGCCCUGUGUGCGGUGGAUGAGUCCGUUCAUGGACACGUUGCGCGCCCAGGCCACGCCUACGGUCAAGAACUUCCCCAGAGUCAAAGCCGACGAUCGGCACAACAUCCAGACCCACGUGUCCUACCUGGAGCUGCUGAGAAAAGCCCACGAGCACCAGAACGACACCCUCAACUGUCAGAUGUCUCCCGUUGCCAUCGCUGCGCCCAUCCUGACUCCGCCCAGCAGUACAGAGAAACCGGCAAAUCCCUGAUCGGUGAAACGAAGCCUGAACUCCGAGUCUACCUCCUCUUCAUGGACGACAUGAAUGAUGAAACGUCAGCAGAUCUGCCAGUUCCUCAACGCAGAUGAGUUUCUUUAGAGGAAGAAAAAAAAAAACAACCCAAUUUUAUUUUUGUUUUAGAUUACCUUUAUUUUUAAACACUCGAUGUCAGACAUUGGUCCACUCUUUUUGGGAAUUUUUUUUUUUCCCAGGGAGGUUCUGUUUUGACUUGAUCUACUGUAGAACAUGAGCCUGUGAACAGAAGCUAAGUUUUCUGUCUACAAACUCUGUGGAGGGAAAACUUUUUUUUUUUUUAAAUAUAAAUUGGUUCCUGGUUAUUCCUGAACAACUAGCUAACUGAUGACAUCUAACGGUAAAAAAGUCCAAUUGCAAUAUAUAAACUCCACGUACCUGUCCUUGUUGGUCUUUAUCCAACAUUAAAACGGACGAUUCAAGCUGUUUGUUAUUAAAAACAAAAUUGAUCUGAUAGAACCAGAGACGGACCAAAAUAAAACUGAAUUUUCUACAGCCUGAGUCACUCAGGUUCAAAUCUCUUAUUGAUUAAAAAAAAAUCAGCUUAAAUUUACCUAGAAAAUAUACUUACAGUAAGUAUUAAUAUAAUUUACACUGAUUUUUUAUCUUUACUUUUUAUUGGGUAGAUCUAUGUUUAAAAAAAGAAAAAAGGGUUUUGAGAUCAAAUGGAGUUGAGUUCACUGUGGACUGGCUGUGACCUGAGUCAUGACCUUUCCAUGUUCUGCUAGUGCAACUGCAUGUUGUUGGAAUGUAAGUAAUUUCUUUAAUCCAACGCUCAGGAAAACCUGGCUUCGUUUCUAAGCUUUCUGAACCUGAGGAAUGAAUACGUCUCGUUGACGAACGUCUGUCGUUUCCACGAACCCGUGGAUGAAUGAUUUUUCUAGGAGACUUGUUUUCAAAGAUGUUCUGGUCCACACCAGUUCUGAUUCAGCCUGGAUCUGUUCACACUAGUCUCAGACCAUCGCUGCUGUGUUGUGGGAACAAAGUGAAGCUGAGGUGUUUUUGACUAAACUCUAAUCGAGUUCACCUUCAGUCCGGACUUCACAUUCACAAACUGAUUCUUGAAUGUGGGUCUGCAGUCAUUGAUAUAAAUAUAUAUAUUUUUUUAAAUAUAUAUUUUGUUACAUCCUGUGAAACUUGACGAUUGUGCAAAUUAUUUUUUGCUUUUUUUUAUUAUUAUUAAAUGGAAUCUUUGUAUUUAUUGAAGUUUGAAUCUGUGGAUAUUGUACAAAAAUGAAUGAUUUGAUUCUCACCGCUGCCAAAGGCAAAAAAUCUAUUUAUGGUUUUUAGCUGAGUUUUGACUUUUAUUUUCAUCCUGUCACUUCUGUGCCUUUUUGAACCUGAACUGUAUUAAAACGGAAGCUGAACAAA